AUGCAAACGGCUCCCAUCCGUGCAGCACUAGAAGAUUUUGAGUGGGUCUUCGUCCAAGGCACCGUCCGCCACACCGAAGGAAACUGGUCUCUACACACGUCCGACUUUUCUAAGCUCCCUCUAUACACAUACUACAACCCGUUCGACCCCCAAUCUAUCAUACAAACUCAUGAAGAGCUCCUCGACAUCAUACGGAGCCAUGGUCCCUUCGAUGGUGUUUUUGCCUACUCUGGCGGAGCAGCACUAGCAGCUGAGCUCCUCAUCGAAGCUGCUCGUUCUGAAUCAGCUGUUGAGCCUCUAUUUCGCUUUGCCGUCUUCGUGAACGGCGCAUCGCCACUACGCGUCUUUAAAGUCGAUGAUGUAGACACGGUGAGCGGUCACGUUGACGUCUCGCAAACAUUCCAACAGGCAAAAGAAAUGUUUCUCCGACCUAGCGCGCUGCGACAUAAGCCUGGUGUCAGCGAAGAGGAUCAGGUGGAUCAUAAGAAGUUGCUAGGACUCUUGAGCAGAUUAGAAGGGAAAAUGAUGGCGGAUGGUACUGCCUUUUUGAGCGACGGUACAUAUGGGCUAUGUCGGUGGGAGCAAAACAAGUUGCAACCUGCAUUGAUUGAAAUUCCGACUCUUCAUGUGAGGAGCACGGCGGAAGAUCACACGGAUCCGCAUCAUGGAAAACAUCUGGUGGAGCUGUGUGAUCAGUUUGAUGUCGAGGAGAUUCAUCACGAAUUUGGACAUGAUUUUCCUAGGGGAAGACAGUUGAUGAAGCAGAUAGCGGAUGCGAUCAGAGACAUGGCUGAGUUGGCGUGA